UAGCUAAGGAGUUGUGCUGUGCCUUUAAGAGGAGCCGCUUCCUUCUUCUUCGUUGUUUUUUUUUUAUGAGGCUCCGAGAAGGUUUUUCUGUUACGUUAAAAUGAAAGUUGAAUAAACGGGUGGACAGCUACUCUAUUCCCUCUCAGUGUUCUGCUUUUUCUCCACCCACGACCUCCUAUUUUGUGGUAACACGUAUUUAGCCCCACAUCGUAGUGUUACACUAAUUUAAUGGAAAGUGACAAAAUCACGUUUCCAGGCAUACCUGAAAUUACUUUCAAUAUACAAAAAUCACAAUUCCUAUGUCCACAUAAUUCCUUCUGUGUGCUAAAGUUUGCUAAAAAAAAUCAUUAUUAAUCUUCAUGCAGCCUUCGUUUCACCCUGCAGUUGUGCACCUGGACGCCUCAGAGGUUCUGGAGGUGAGCGGCCAUGUUGGAGGAAACAUCUCCAUCCACUGUUUCAGCAGCUGGUCUCCAGUCAACGUUUCUGAGCUCCACAGCGUACAUUUCUGCAAAGGCGUCUGCUCCGGCGAACACACUGUCAUUCAGAUGGAGAUGACGAGCUCUGCGGUGACACGGAACGGGAGAUACAGCAUGGAGUCUAAUGGAAGAGACGGCGGGGUCUUUACUGUCACAAUAAACCGGUUGAUGAAAGCCGAUGCUGGAAGCUACCUCUGUGGAAUGACGAGAACCUUGAACGUCACGUACCAGGAAGUUAGACUAAAAGUUGUAGAUGCUUUCACUGUUCCAGCUGGAUCCUCUAUAACUCAGAGUACCGUCCUGCAGACGGGGCUACUCUCUCCCAAAGGCGGCGUUCCGUCAAGCAGCAGAGCAUCCGACGUACCAAUCACGCUGCCACCUUCAGAGAGGAAGAGAAGACAGAAAGAAGCAAACAACUUCACAGACAUGAUGGUUGUUAUAAUCGUCUCCGGUAGCCUGGCUUUUCUGGUUUGUGCCAUUAUUCCUCUGAUAUUCUACAGACACUGGCGGAAUACGGGCGGUGAGAAGAGAUUGUCAGUUAACAAAAACGAGGACGACUGCUGCCAUGGAGACGUAGAAACUGCCUCCACUCAGGUCGCGAUGGGGAUUCAGACUUCAGGUGAAGACGACCAUCCAGGAUCUGGUGCAGACGACAGCCUCCGGUAUGCAGCGGCGUACGAGGGGCUGGAUCCCAGAAGCCUCGAAUGAGCAGGAAUUACUCUGUUUCUGUGCAGCUUUUUUAUUGUAAAAAUCACUCACUGAAUUUUCAGUAAAAACAAUAAACAUCUCUUUGAAUA